UGUUAAUUGGAAUAUUGAAAAAUGUUUUAAUAUACUUAGGUAUGAUAAGGGUUGUAUUUAGAGAAUAAUUUAACCUGCAAUUAGAAUGCCAGUAUAGAACUAAUAGUCGAUCAUUAUUCCAUUAGAUAAAUCGAGUUAAUUGCAAUCUACAAGAAGAGUCUCAUAGAACAUUGAUUAGUAAAUUUCAAAUGUCUCUCCAAUCAGAUUAAUCACAAAUAAAGUUUCAGUAAGUCCUAAUGUGAUAAAAUAUUCUUAAUAACCUCAAAAUGCAGCAAUGACCCCACAAAAAAUUCCUUACAAUUAACGUUUAAAUUAGACUCCAACAAAGCAUUAGGUCGUGUAAUCAAGAACACUUACUCCAAAUGUAUUGUCAUAACAGAGGUAGAGCUUAGCCAAUAAUCAAUACAAUUAAUCGAAUAGAAUACAAACUGAUACUGGUUUUUCAACUCCUUUGCAUAAUUAAAGAGAGAAAGAGAAUAACGAAUGCUCAAACGAUAAGUUAGCAACUUAAUAUCAAAAUUUAUAAGAAUAAUUGAUACAGUCUGAAUUUAAAAUAAGCCAACUAGAACAAAAAAGCAGACAACUCCAAGAAUAAAGAAAGAAAUUAUAAUAAUAAUUUUUGCAAAAGUCACCAAAACUGGCUUCCCAAUUAUGA